UUCAGUGAUUCCUGUGCAGCACAGACGCUCAGUUUUAAUGAUGGCUGUUGUGGAGACACUUCUGCAGUUUUCCAGCAGUGGUAAAUUACUGGCUGCCUUGCUUGUGUUUUUGGUUUUAUAUGUGCUUUCAUCCAACUCCAAAUCUCACAAAGAAGGAAAAGAUCCACCAGGACCCAAACCACUUCCACUGCUGGGAAACCUGCUGACACUGGACCUGGAAAGACCCUUUGAUACUCUCUGUGAGGUGAGACAUCUUAACAAGAAUAACAGAAUCAUUCAGAGAUUUCUUUACUCAUGUUUACUCUGUAACCUCCAGCUUUCCAAAACAUAUGGAAACGUAUUCCAAGUGUUUUUUGGUCCCAGUAAAGUCGUGGUCUUGACCGGAUACAAAACGAUUAAAGAGGCACUUGUGAACCGAGCAGAAGAGUUUGGAGAUCGAGAUAUUCAACCUAUUUUCAAAAUACUUAAUAAAGGACAUGGGAUCGUCUCUGCCAACGGAGAGAGCUGGAAAGAGAUGAGACGCUUCGCUCUGACUAACCUGCGUGACUUUGGGAUGGGCAAGAGACGAAGUGAAGACAAAAUCAUAGAGGAAAUUCAGUAUCUGAAAAAAGAGUUUGAGAAGUUUCAAGGGAAAGCCUUCGAUACAACUCAACCCGUGAACUACGCUGUAUCAAACAUCAUCUCAUCUAUUGUGUAUGGCAGCAGGUUUGAAUACACAGAUCCUCGCUUCACAGCAAUGGUUGACAGGGCAAAUGAAAAUGUUCGGCUUGGUGGAUCUGUUUCUAUUCUGCUGUUUAACACAUUUCCAUGGCUGGGUCCCUUACUGAACAGCAAAAAGGCUAUGGUGAAAAAUUCUCAAAAAAACAUAGAAUCAAUAACACAGUUGAUCUCUGAGCUGUUAGAGACCCUGAAUCCACAGGACAGCAGAGGAUUUGUUGACUCCUUUCUCAUCCGAAAACAGAGCGACAAGAAAUUCAGCAAGAAGGACUCACAUUUCCACCAGGACAAUCUUAUCGUCUCUGUGGUAAAUCUUUUUGUUGCUGGUACUGACACUACAGGAACAACAUUGCGCUGGGCUCUGAUGAUUAUGGCCAAAUACCCUCAUAUCCAAGAUCGAGUUCAAGAGGAGAUUGACAGAGUGAUCGGUGGACGUCAGCCAAUCGUGGAUGACAGAAAAAAUUUACCUUACACAGAUGCUGUGAUCCAUGAAGUACAGAGACUGGCCAACAUUGUGCCCAUGAAUGUACCUCAUGCGACCAGCUGUGAUGUGAACUUCAAUGGAUAUUUCAUCAAGAAGGGUACCACUGUAAUUCCUCUGUUGACAUCUGUAUUAAGGGAUGAAAGUGUUUGGGAGAAACCACACAGCUUUUAUCCAGAACACUUUCUUGAUGAGAAGGGCCAGUUUGUUAAGAACGACGCUUUCAUGCCUUUUUCUGCAGGCCGCAGGAUUUGUCUAGGAGAGAGUUUGGCCAGGAUGGAGCUCUUUCUUUUCUUCACCUCCCUUCUUCAGAUCUUCCUCUUCACUCCUCCACCAGGAGUGUCUGGAGAUGAACUGGAUCUCAAGGGAAUCGUUGGAAUUACAUUAAAUCCAUCACCACACAAACUGUGUGCCGUCAAACGCUGCUGAAUAUCGAUCCACAUAGGGAUAAACAGAUUUAAGCACCAAUUUUACAAAAUGCACAUAAUGUAUAUAUUGUAAAUACUGGAAGAAAUUAUUAGCCACAGUGUGCAAAGCUACUUUCAUUGUAUAAGCUAAUUUUAAGUAUGCAUCAGAUUACUUUAUAUUUGCCCAGAUAUUUUGCUGAAAAGCAAUUGAAUAGGAAACCUCCAGUAAUCUACACCUCACCUAAUGAAUAGUCUGACUGUAGAAUCUGUAUACUAAUGACACAUUCUAGGCAACCUGUAACCCGCAAAUUACGACUCUGAACUGGGAGUACAUCGAUCUAGUACAGUAUUCUUCAACCCUGGUUCUCGAGGACCCGUUCCAGAAUGUUUUAGAUGUCUCCUUAAUUAACACACCUGAUUUAACUCAUUACUUUGUUAGGGAGACAUUCAACA